AUGACAGACAGACAGAAAGAGAAAGUGGAAUAUCAUAAACAGGGAUUCCUGCAAGAAGAGGAAAGAAUGCAUUCUUUGGAAUCCCAGGUGAUAGAGAUGUCUUAUCUUUUAGGCACAACUGAAACAAUGCAACGCCAGGACCAGGUUGAUAUUAUCAGACAACUGCAAGACCAACUAGUGCAGGUCACAGUGUCUGCAAUAAACCAGGGAGUUCCUGAGAGUAACAAAGAAAUCAGAAGCUCUAAGACUAAUACAACACCCUGUGAAGAUAACAUGAAUAUUGCAGUCUUUAUUCUGUUGUCAUCAGUUUGUUGUUCUGUGAUUUUUAUCGGCUUAUUCCUCAACACAUUUGUUGUGACAAAGAUCCUCAUUUGGUGGCAAAAGGGUCAAACUAUUCGAACCAGUGAUAUAAUCAUGGCCAGCCUGGGAGCGGGCCAUUAUGACACUGCAUUGAUAUUUGUGGGGUUCUGCAGCCUGUGGUGGGGCACCGUGCUCUGCGUCUUCUACUGCGUGAAGAUCACAAACUACAGCAACAGAUUAUUCCUUAGACUUAAGAUGAACAUCUCCAGGAUGGUCCCCUGGCUGCUCCUGACGUCACUGCUGGUGUCUUUUCUCUCCAGUCUGCCCAACAUAUGGGGCAUGUACCCAGGACGUUACAUGAAUUCUUCCCCGGACAGUAACAGCUCUAGCAUUGGGAAUGGAACUGUGGAGGCCAAUUAUGUGAACGUGUUCAUCAUCUAUUUUGCAGGAUCCAUCGCACCGUUCCUCAUAUUCUGUGCAGCCAUUUGUCUUCUGAUUGUGUCGCUUCUAAAACACACCAGGAAUAUGAGCAACAAAGAUUCCGGGUUCACUAAUACCCAACUAGACGUCCACAUUAGUGUAAUUAAAAAUAUGGUCUCUUUUCUCUUAUUUUAUGCUCUGUAUUUUAUAAGUUCGCACUUAUUGCUUUUAAGCCUCCAAUUAGGAGACUCAGCCUAUGUUCUAUUGUGCAGUGUUGGUAUCUCUGCCUACCCAAGCCUGCACUCUAUUGUAUUAAUAUCCAGCCAUGCAAAACUGAAGCGCUCCCUCUGUUCUGCUCUGCACUGUGCACAGAAGACAUAA